ACACUGUGGAAGACAGAUGAUGGGGGGGAAAAUCAUCCAUACUGGGCAUUCUUCGUAGGUCUUUUUUGUUAGCUUGAAAGAAGAAGUUGAGAAUCUUCUCUUCAGGGGGAGGCUGACAUCACAUCCUUUCCACUCAGCAGGUCUUGCAGCCAUCGGACCCGCCUCUGAUCACUUCUGCCUUCAUUGAAGACAACUUUCAAAAAGAGAAAAUGGCCAGAAUUUUUCCUCUCCUGUGGCCCGUCAGCCUGAUACUAUGCUGCUGCUGGUCCCAAGCCAACAGUAUUGGGCAAAUCAAGUUGACCGGUAAUGUUCCCCAAGCCUCCAGAACUCCAGUGGAACUGAGAUGUGAGCCCCACAGCAGAGAAUUAAUGGAUUUAGGGGUGUACUGGGUCCGUCAAAACUUGGACCUCAGCACUCAUUUCAUCCUACGUACUUCUCCAAGGUCUAAAAGCACACCAGAAACUGUCAGAGGCUACACAGGAUCAGCAAGUUAUACCAGUAACACUUACCUGCUAAAAAUUGCCAGCUUCGGGGAGGAGUAUGAGGGCAUCUAUUAUUGCCUUUUCUUCCGCAACCAAGCGGUCCACCUCAGUUCAGGCCUCAAAGUCUACCUGCCAAAGGCUACCACCAUCGCACCCAAGGUUUCAACUCCCAGUGAAAGACUUACAACAACCAUGAAAUUCCCACAUUCUACAGCCUCAGAUCCAGAUGAUGAUGUGAUGUUCCCCUGUGAGCUGUACAUUUGGGCCCCCUUAGCAGGUGGUUGCUUCCUUCUGCUGGUCAUGUUGGUGAUCACCCUGUCGGUGUGCUGUGAUCCUAGGAGGAGGCGACGGCAUUGCAGAUGUAAAAGGCCUCUGAACGGAACCAAUGGGACAGCCACUAUGUCACGCUUGAUCAACUAACAGCAGGAGGACAUUUCAGCCGGAUUUUCUUAUUGCACUCUCACUUCAUCAUACCUUCCAACCUUGCCAAAAAAGACUCUUGCAUGCUCAUAAUGGCUCUGUGCUCCCAUGCCAAGGAGGAAUGCCUUUGCCUUAUAGCUUUGCAGGAAACUCUUAUCCACCUGCUGUAUGUAUGCUGGGUUAAUUUACUUUGCCUUGACCUAUCUUGCACUAGGAAACUGCAAGUUUAAGGUGGAGAUCUUAAAUUGAUCUUCAUCUCACAAACCUUGGCUGUCCUCAGGAUAGAAAAGCUGCAAAGAUGUUCAGCCAAAUCUGCGGUCUGAAUAGGCAGCGUUUAAGGGAAGAAAAAUGGAGCAACGGACUGCUGCUUAGGAUCUGCGCAGGUGCAUUUAUAUACAUUUUCAUACUAGACUUGUUGCAGCUGUCCCCUUCUCAGAUCUUUGAUGCCUAGCGACUUGGGGGGGAGGGUUGAAACCCAAAGAACUCUGACGCGUGCCUAAGAACUAAGAAACUGUUGAAACUGUUGAUACUAAGAAACUGUUGAAAUCUCCCCUCUCCCCAAACAUCUCUCCCAAAGACUAAGUCCGGACAGCGUGUGUUAGCACCGCUGUAAACCACCAGAAUGCCUAUAUUACGCAAAUCCAAUUGAAAACACACGUAAAUGUAAUAAUAAUAAUAAUAAUAAUAAUAAUAAUAAUAAUAAUAAUACUUAUACCCCACCCUCCUCAGCCAAGACCGGGCCCAGGGUGGCUAACACCGAAUAUAAAUACAUUCAAAACAAAACAAAACAAAAAACCCCAAAUAAUAGGCCAAACACAAAGUUAUUUACUAGAACUACUUCUCAAAAAUUAGAUACUUCUCAAGUGGUAUGUAAUUUUUGAGAAGUAGUUCUAGUAAAUA